AUGACUCAGCCCAGGUUUAUCCUAUCCCUGUUUAAUCCCAACGCCUGUGCCAAAGAACGUUUCCCAGAUCUCGCUCGAGUGGAGAAGAGAAACGCUCUGCGACCUCUGACCUCAGGAGAAGACUACACUCUACGCUUUAUUAUUCAAUGCGGUGUGAUCGAAUCACCAAUUACCAGGGCACACUCAACAGGAUUCACUGAGUGGGGAGAAUCUAUGUGUGUUAUUGAGAAAUGUGAUGUCUCUCUCUCUCUCUCUCUCUCAGUUCUGCUGGCUGAGCCUGUAGAGAACGGCAGCAUCGAGGGCAAAACCCUGAAGAUCACAGAUUUCGGUCUGGCGAGAGAGUGGCACAAGACCACUAAGAUGAGCACGGCGGGCACGUACGCCUGGAUGGCCCCUGAGGUCAUCAAGUCCUCCACUUUCUCCAAGGGCAGCGACGUCUGGAGUUAUGGUGUGUUAUUAUGGGAGCUUCUGACUGGUGAGGUCCCGUACCGAGGGAUUGAUGGUCUGGCUGUGGCGUAUGGAGUCGCUGUAAACAAACUGACGCUUCCGAUCCCCUCCACCUGUCCUGAACCCUUCGCCAUGCUCAUGUCCGAGUGCUGGGACCAGGACCCGCACCGGCGGCCCAGUUUCAGCUCUAUCCUGGAGCAGCUGACGGCGCUGGAGGAGCAGGUGAAGGAGGAGAUGCCCCAGGACUCCUUCCACUCUCUCCAGGAGGACUGGAAGCUGGAGAUCCAGGACAUGUUCGACGAGCUGCGGGCUAAAGAGAAGGAGCUGCGCUGCCGUGAGGAGGAGCUGAAGCGUGCGGCUCUGGAGCAGAAGUCUCAUGAGGAGUUCCUCCGUCAGCGGGAGCAGCAGCUGGCCCAGUGGGAGCAGGACGUGUUCGAGCGAGAGCUGUCCCUGCUCAUCCUGCACCUCAACCACAACCAGAAGCCCAACGUCAAGAAGCGCAAGGGGACCUUCAAGAAGCACAAGCUGAAGGUGAAGAACGGGGAGAAGAUCAGCAUGCCGCAGGAUUUCAUCCAUAAGAUCACGGUGCAGGCGUCUCCGGGCUUGGAGAAGAGGCGUAACUCUCCAGAUCUGGGCUCUCCGUCCAUCGGCCCGCGCUUCCGAGCGAUACAGCUGAGUCCCAGUGAGAGUAAGUGGAGUUCGGUCUGGCCACUGGAGUCUCUUCCUCUCAAGCAAGCCAACGGCGAGAGGAGGUUCACUCCUCAUCUGAGCCCCAAGAGCCCCAAGAUCCUGCGACUCAGUGCGCCGGAGAACAGUCUGUCGAUGAGAGCCAAACUCCUGGAUAUGGACAGUAAUGAGAAUGACGAAUCUAAAGCUGAUUUCGAGGAGUAUAGACCCGUCACACCAUCCAGCCACAACGAGGGUUCAGAGAGUGAGGAAGGGGGUUCGUCCCCCUGUGGUUCCCCGAAGCCGGAUCCCCGGGGUCUGGCGAAGAACACACACCGUUCUCUGCUCAGCAGCGCCGCCCUGCUGGCGUCCGUCGCUCUGGGGCGCUGCCUCGAGGCCCAGCACCCCCCCACCCCCCCGCCGCGGGCCUCGUCCCGCACUCACCUGCCCGUGCCGGAGCCCGUGGGAGAUCUGAUCUCCUUCAGCACAGACUCUCUGCCCCAGGGCUUCCUGGACUCCCUGAAGCCUCCCGAGAUCAAGCCGCUAAUGCUGACGCCGCCGCCCCCGAACCCCCGGGACCGGGACCGGGAGCGCAGGACGCAGGACGGUGCCGGAGACUGGACGGCUCACGCCAACGGAGACGGCGAGGUCUCGCUUCAGAGCGGAGAGCGCAGGAGGAGGGCGAGUCACGGACUGCACUCCGCACAGCUGGUGUUGGAUCUUCCGUUGUGUCAAGACACGUUUGAGGCGGAGGACAAGUCCCCGAUGCCGUUCGCCCUGUACCCGGACCCCCGUUUGUGGAGCCCCAAAACCCGUCGUCUGGAGGUCAACAUCGUGCCUCGCCCACGCCCGUCCCCGAACCGGCCCCGCAUCGACCCCUGGAGCUUCGUAUCGGCCGGCGCCUUGGACCGAGCCGGCGUUAGGAAGCCCGCCAGCAGUCCCACGAGCCCUCGCCUGGGCUUCCAGCCCUCGCCCAACAACCCCUUCACGAACUGUGACCCCUUCCCCUCGCCGGACUGUGACCCCUUCAAUCUGAAGGUGGACCCUUCCAUGAACUCGGACCACGGAUCAACCUUUGACCCCUUCUCCACCCCCUUCCCGACCUCGCGCUCGGCGCCCUGCUCGACCAACGGCAGCCCGAAUCUGUCUCUGCGGGUCGCCCCGCUGAACCUGGCCGACUCCCCGCUCAUAGACCUGGGCUGGGCUCGGCCGGUGGAAGAGCGGGUCCACCCCCGCAGGAGCCUCGGCCUCAGCCCGUUCCGGUCCCCGGCGCUGCCCAGAGACGAACGCUUCUGAACCCUGGCCCAUAACAGGGCUGCACCGUACGCCCAGAUUAAACUGACAUCGCGAUACUGGUCAAAAACAGUACGAAUAAUCACAAUCCAAACUCACAAGAAAAUCACCUGCUAAUCUGGUCCAGAUCCGGCCCACAUCUGGUUCAUGUGGAUUCAACACGGUCCAGAUCCGGCCCACAUCUGGUACAUGUGGAUUCAACACGGUCCAGAUCCGGCCCACAUCUGGUUCAUGUGGAUUCAACACGGUCCAGAUCCGGCCCACAUCUGGUA